AUAAAUCGUCUAUCGACAUCUGCUAUUCCCAAAAAGAUUCCUUGCGUUGUUCAAUAUGCGAUUCUAUGUCAAAGCAAGCAGAUCUAUACGUCUGCGAGACAGGCCAUGUUAUAUGUGAAAACUGCCAGCGCACAGGUGAGUCGACAGCCAAUAGGCCUGAGAGUGGAGAUUUUUUCGCUGAAAAAAGCUUACCUCCGACUCCUGAUAGAUGCAAGAAAAAAUAUGCAGAACCAACACGAACUAAAGACUUAGCCAGCGGUGAUCAUUAUAAGCGCAGUAAGGCGCUAAAACCAAAACGUGUCUCGAAGAGUGACUAUAUAAUUAGGACUGUGGACAAAAAUACCACAGUUAGCAUUAAACAUAAAAAAAGCAUUCGAGCAAAGGACAAUUUGGAAACGAUAAUUGAAUAUAAGAAUGCAAACUUUUGUGACAACAAAUCGAGUUGUUCGAGUUUGUCCAGUUCGCACUCCGUGCAAAGUCUUAAAAUCAUGGAACCGUUGCCGAAACAUUGUAAAGUGUGUCCGAGACCAGUUACCUGUCCUAUCUUAGAAUGCAGUAAAAUGAUUGCCAUGGACUCCGUCAUGUUACAUUUUCACUUCGAUCAUUCAAAAGUGCCAAGACAAACCCUAGUCUCGGGUUCUCCAAGUCGGCUACUAGUAAAUACGUGUAACAUUGGCACCAAAACACAGUGCUUAACAGUGUUUCUUUUAUGUGACAAUUUUCAAGGACUUCCUACAAACAAUGUGCAAUCAGUAGUAUUGAACGAGACAUACGCGGACUGCAAUGCAAUUUUACUCAUGGGUGCCAGAAUGCAAGACCCAACAGAACUUGCUUAUACGAGCAGUUCCGUGGUUAUUAAGAAAAAUGAUCCGUCACAGGAGAUAGACAAUAAACAGGUCGCAAAAGAAAGAUUCGAGAACAACGAACUUCUUCUUCUAUGGCUGUGUCAAUUAGAAAAUAAUGCAAAUACUUAUAGUAUAACACUUCUCAAAAGCAAUAAGAAGGUUGGUCAUAGCUACAUCGGCGAGGCGGUCCACAUUAGAGAUCAGCAAACUACCCUCAACAUGUACCAGCGGUGCGACUGCCUAAUUCUUCGCGGACCCGCCGCCAACAGACUGCUCGACAAAAAAAACCACUUCCUAGUGCUUGUUAAUAUUCUAGACUAAAUAAAAAAAAACUAUUACGUAAUAUAGUUUUUUUAUUAGUAACGUAAACAAAGUGAAUAAACA